CACACCUCUGAAAUAUUGCAGCGAUCUACGUAAAGCCACGGGCGCCUGGCUGCCCGAUAUGAGUCAAUGUGAGGUACUACAAGUAAUUACUUACCUGCCUUUUUGAACCCGUGGUCUCGCUUGUUUAAGGUACUCGCAGCUGCGGCCACGCCACUUAACGCAUUACUGUCUCACCCAGGUACUUGAGCAACGCAAUGGCAACCGGUACCGAUUCAAAAUCGGUGGUCAAUGAGACGACGAGGCUCCUACAACCAGAUACAUCCAGCAUCGAUUCUCAUUAUGAGGAUUCGAGUCAAUCGUCCAGCGACGACUAUAAUGACAGCCCUUCCAUAGCGAGCUAUGGUACUCCUACAAGAUCUGAUGAAGAGGAACAACGUGAACAGGAGACACCCGGCAACAAGCCGACGCAAACUUACAGCAAUGGCUUCAUAGCUAAAGUCGUAAUCGCUAUGCUCGUCGGAGUAUUCACAUCGAGCGCGGACAGCUCGUUAGUAAUAGCAACCCAUCCCAUAAUAGCAUCGGAGUUCAACGAUCUAGAAAAUUCAACCUGGCUAUUUAUUAGCUUCCUCCUCGCGGGGGCAGCCACGCAAUCGCUCUAUGGGAAAUUGAGUGAUAUAUAUGGUCGGAAACCUGCGCUGCUAACCGCCUACGCGCUUUUCGCUGUUGGAUGUGGUUUAGUUGGCGCGGGCCAGACCAUGUGGCAGGUCAUAGUCGGCCGUGUGAUAUCGGGCUCUGGAGGAGCCGGCAUUAUGUCUUUGGCAGGUGUGAUAAUAACUGAUAUAGCUCCUUUAAGGGACGUAGGCUCAUGGCAGAGCUAUCUUAACGUCGUAGCUACUGUUGGGCGAAGUUUGGGCGGCCCAGUGGGAGGGUUCCUUGCUGAUACGAUCGGAUGGAGAUGGUCAUUCUUUGGGCAAGCACCGAUAUUCUUGCUUGCUAUGGUUCUUUGCGGAAUUAUACUUCCAAACAUGACAACAGGACGGAUCAGAACAGACGCCGAGUCCUCGAAGAGUCGACUAGCUAGGAUAGACUUUUUAGGAGCCUUUUUCCUUGGCGCUGGACUCCUAUCCAUUCUAUUGCCUUUAAGAAUCGCCGGGCAGAAAGUACCAUGGACGAGCCCAAUAGUUCCAUCUCUCUUUGGGCUAGGAGCUGUUUUGUUGGCACUCUUCGCCGUAACAGAGGCUCGAUGGGCGAAGGAACCUAUAUUUCCAUUGAGAUUGCUUAGAAACAGGGGCAUGGUUUUAGGGUACGUUAUUAUGGUCUGCCAGACAGCCGCGCAAGUUGGAAUGAUGCUCUCCGUUCCUCUUUAUUUCCAGGUAACGGAAAGGUCAUCUAGCACGGUCGCAGGCGCUCAUCUGAUGCCUGCUGUUAUCGGAAAUACUAUCGGAGGCCUUCUAACGGGCGCAUGGAUACGGAGAACCGGUUACUUCAAAGCACCAUUAGUUUUCGCGGGAAUUAUAUCAUUCGCCUGCUAUGCGCUUAUGAUACUUAGAUGGAAGGGAGAAACCAAUUGGGCAGAAUCCCUAUAUAUCUUUCCUGGUGGCUUCGGUACCGGUAUUUCAGCAACUGCGACUUUUGUCGCUCUUCAAACAGCAAUAAAUCCCGCAGACAAGGCUGUGGCGAUAUCUGGCCUAUACUUAUCUGUACCGAUUGGAUCGAUUCUAGGUAUGGCUACUUGUAACACGGUGAUGCAAGCGGUAAUGCCUGUGGAUUUGGCUUCAAGAUUGCGCGGUCUCGGCAUAGAGGGGGAAGAAGCUGAACAGAUCAUUAAGCAAGCCACUGCGCGAGUUGACUAUCUCGAUGAAGCGCCAGAAAGAAUAUCGCAUGCAAUCGCGCAGGCAUAUGUUCGUGGUCUUGAAUACAGCCAUGGGGUUUCAUUGUUUUGCGCUGCGCUCGCGAUAGCCGCCGCUUUGCUGAUGAGAAGCAAAAAGUUGCAUGGUUGAUUAUACCCAAGUUUGGGUCGACAAUUUAAAAGGAGAAGUUGGGGGGUUUAAAUUGAAUCAUGAAAACAAGUCAGUAGGGUACAUAACCCCAAAUGGGCGGAUGUAGAGCGGAUGGGUUAUAGCGGGUUGACCCCCGAAUUCGCGUUAUCAUCUGCUGGCUUUUGGUUGUAUAGCCCCUGAAAAUCAUGGCAAUUUAGGUACACAGCCCCCCACCACAAGUGUAAAAAGGGGCAGAAUAUAACAUGUGAGAGGGAAUAAAAGUCGAUUAGUAAUCAUGACAUUUAUUCUGAUCAGCAAUUGAAAACUCAAA